CCGUCCACAAGAUCUCUCAAUAGCGCGCGAGCAACCGCUGAGGAAAGAGUGAACAGUGUGCUUUAUCUCGAUCGCAGUUACGAGAGUUAUGUGUUAGUGUUUUGCGUGUCGUGAGGAAUAUUUAAUCGACUCGACUAUUCACUUGUGCUCUGUUGAACAUCUCAAGGAAUACUUUCUAAUAACAUGUAACUAGGCCUGGAAAACAAAAAAAUCUAAGACGGUAUGUGGUGGAUCGUGAUAUCAGUGACCGUGAUAGCAGGAGCAGUGGACGCUAUGACAUGCGAAGAAGCAAGAAUGAAAUGCGCUUACAGGGUUGGCUGCGGUAGAGCUCUGCAAAUGUACGCCUUAGACUGUUCCACAGUUCUGCAAGGGCCGCAACCUGCACAUUGCCCAGAGCUCUGCCAACAUUCCCUUCUCGCGCUUCUAUCUACGGAAGAAGGAGAGAAUCUGAUGACGUGCGAAUGCAGCGAUGAAUUCUGCGCAGAUCAGAAACGUCGCACAGAGGUCUGCAAACCAAUGGUUAUGAGUCAAGCAAAAGAGCAAGUGCUGCCUUGUAGGGUCGCCCAGUGGAUAUGCGCCGCAGAUGCCGAGUGUUCUAUGGCUCUAGAAUACUACAACCAAUAUUGUCGUUCGAUGUUCCAUGGAAAAAAGUGUACUUUGCGGUGUCAUAAUUCAAUAUCCAUAUUGAUGAGACAAGAAAAAGCUGCAAAACUUACAAAUUGUAAAUGCGACGGAUCCGAAGAGUACGAUUGUCGCGCUAUCCAAAAAAACAUGCAGAGACUCUGUUUCCGUAAGCACAAACGACCUCGUCAUCGUUUUAAAAAUGAAAGUUCUAUUAUAGUACAUCACCAUGUUGACAAUAAUCAUAAGGAGAAAACAGUGACUAAGCACAGGAAGACAACGACUAUUUCUCCUAUAGUGGUCGUGAGUGAAAAACCAAACCAUUCAAUGUGCUUUAACAUCAACUUCUUUGUCUUAUCUUUGAGUAUUCUUGUUGUUUUCAUGACGUGACAUAGUAGUUGAAAUGUUUAGAGAAUUAUUUAAUUCAUGAUGGUUCCUUAUUGUAACUAACCAAGGGUGAAUGAGCCGGGUACAAAUAUUUAUUAAACAGUUAUAUCGAGCCAAGGGUAUUAGAAAAUAGUUGAAUAUUUGAGUACUUAUCUCUUUGCAUUGAGUAAGUCUUUCUUCUAAGAAUUAUCUGUGAUAUAAUUUCGAAAAUUCAAAACUUGAGUUCUCAAAUUGUCUAUUCUUGCGGUUGACUGAAAAUCGAUCAAUACAGAAUUUUGUGAAUUCAUUCUUCAUCAUUUCAUCCCUGUAAAUAAAUCUUAUCAAUCCAAUUAUACCGGGUGAUUCAAAAGUACUCUGACAAACAACAGGAGGUGAAUAUGUCCGGAAACGCUUCGUUUACAAAAUACGAGGUGUUGAAGUUUUAUUUUUAUUUAAUUUUUUUUUCAAUAACUUUCGUAAUACUGCCCUUAAUUAAACGAAAAUUGAUAUUGAGAGGUUUUUUGUGGUGUCGAAUUCGAACCUGAUGUUAUUAUUGCUCUCAUUCGUAGGGGCCACCUAUACCUCUUUUUCUUUUAUGAAGAUCCAUAACUUUUUUAAGCGUAACUUCUAGUACCUUUUUCAGUAAAAUAAUCAAUUUCUCUAUCAUCUACAUAAAAAAGCUUCACAAGUCGCUAUUGGCAACCGUUUUCUAGAUAUUUGGACUUGAAAAUUUCAAGCCUAAUAAUCGAUGCGUGUUGAAGUUAUUACCAUUAUUUUGCUUUUUUCACAAGAAUGCUUGGGAAAUGAAUUUGACGUUAAAGUGAGUUGAUUUUUUUGUUUUAUAGGGGUCGCCACCUACCGUAUCACUGUUUCCUCGAUUGAAGAGGUCAUUACUUUUGGAUACGUCCAUGUAAGACUUUAACACCUUGAAUCUUGGAAACGAACAUUUAUUCAUUUGGACAAUUCGCAUUAGAAUAUUUUGAGGAGUCGCCUCCUGAAGUUUGUACAACUACUUUUGAAUCACCCUUUAGAUCUUAUCCAUUUUCGAAUCAAACAAAAUAAUCGCAUAACUCGCCGGUAUCUGGCUAAAAAUAAUAGAUGUAUAUAAUGAGAUUUCUCCUAAGUUCACAUUACUUCAUUCCUAUCCAUGUCAACUUUAAGGUACUCAACAGAUACAUACCCGAUGUCUCUUUGAAAACAAGCAAUGGCCUAUAACUUCCAAACUACGAAAAGUAUUCCAAAAUUCUUGAAAGGAUUUCGAUGUUAACGAGGGAAUUUGAAAUGAGGUUGAUUUAAUCCCUAACCUUGCAGAUCCAUUUAUUUAUAUGUAUAUAAAAAUGAACCUACCUAGCCCACAGAUCUACUUUUUAUUUUAAAAUUUCAUGAAAAACAUAAUAUUAUUCAAUUUCAGAACCUAUAUUUUCACAAACCACGCACAGUGAAACCAAAAGAGAUCUUACGCUUAUCUUCGACCGAAACUCUAUAUACUUAUCAAAAUUGGAUGAGAAUUGAAGAGGUUGAAAUUAGAUGCAGAUAGAGAGAUAGAAAACCAUAAAUAUCUUGAUUGGUUGAAAAUGAAAUUUAGGAGCGAAUAUUUGAAAUCUGAUAUCAAAAAAUUUUGAAAAUCGCUCAUAAUAAGGCUUCACUUCAAUUUCGGUUGUCAAUAUUUAUUGUUUAAUGGAAACCGAAAGACCACACGAUUAUCAUGUGUGAGUUGGCCAAUAUGAACUUUAUCAUUUUAAAUGGAACACCCAGUAUAUUAUUGGAUAUCCUGCAACGAUUUUGCACGCUUCAAUUCAUGUUACGCUAUUAGAAUUUUCGAAGGCACGGUAAUUUAUCAAUUCAUCGAAUGUCAUUGGUCGGGAUGCGGAUGUGCAUAUCUAGAGAAGGGAACAGAGAGAAUUUUCUGAAGGAUUUGCAAUAAUUUUCGCGAUUUCAGGAAAGAUACAUAACUUGUUUUAGAUUUCAGCCAUAACUAGUUUAAUUUGAGAUUUAGAUUUUAAUUUAUCGGCGACAAUUACAGAGAAUCUUCUAUACAACAUGUUCCUAAUGUGGAGGUACAAAGGAAAAUAAGAGUUUUCUUAAAAAAAAAAAAAAAUAUGCAAACGCUUUGUUUUCGAGAUAUAGGAUGUUUUUUGUAGUGGUACUUUUUUCUGAUGGUUAUACCCGUUUAUACAAUCUUCAUUCAUCUUCGCUACAGAUGAUUAAUGAGUACCAAAAUCUAUAAAUAAUUAAUUCAUUAUAGAUUACUAGCUGGAUAUUUUUGAUAAUUUGGAUUUUCCUGAGGAUUAAGUACUUGGGAAUUGUUUGGAAUUUUCUAUUCGAAAUUGAUAGCAGAUAAGAUAAAACUAUAAGAAAUCAAAAAGUGUAGUUCUGGACCGAAGUUUCUCUUUACAUUUUUCUGAACUACCAGUCGUCCACCAAAAAAUAGUUCUGGAGGAAAGAAGCGGGUACUGUUCCAGAAAAAACAUCACCCUGUAGAUUUGAAUUCAAAAUUAGCAUUUCGCAUGAUGAAAACUUCAAAUUGGAAUAUAUAUACCAGAUUUUAGUUAAAUAUCUUGUGAAGGGAAAGUAAUAUGAGAAAAAAAUUAAACUUGAACACCAUGUAUCUCGAAAACAAAGCGUUUGUGAGACCAUGUUUAUAGGACUUUUUUCCUUUAUCAGGAAUAUGAGAGAUUCCUGAUAAUUUCAAGGAAAAUUUGCUACGUACCUCAAAUUUAUAAUUUCAUUUGUAUCUAUCUUGGGAGUAUUUUAAUGAGGAAAAUGGAAGACAAAUCGAAGAUUACAUUACGAACUGAAAUUUUCCUCCUCUAACUACCCGGCGAAGACAAUGAUGAUAAUCGAAAAAAGGCCUCCCAUACAUACUAAUUCCACCUUUCGCAGUUCCGUUUAAGCCGAAACAGCGCUCCCAUUUAGCAAGAACCGCAAGACACCUUUUUGAGGAAAAUCGAUUUGUUCUUCAAGUUGAAGAAUAUUUAUAAAAGAGCAUCGUAACAUCCCGUUUUCACCACAACGGUUUCGAGAAUAUCUUUUGUGGUUGUAUAUUUAUAAAGCCCUUUGCUCGUUUUCAAAUUGAUACCCAAUAUAUUCUUGUGAGACAUGCGAAUAACAUCAUUUCGCUUCUCUCUGUAAUUUACUGUGGGGAUGAUUUGAAAUAAAGGAAUUUAUUAUUAUUAUAAUAGAUAUAUAAAUGCCACACUCACACCUAUUUGACUUUUUUAAACUUGGGCUUACAAUUAUCAGAUAUGCCGAUAAAUAGAGAGGGUUUCAUUAAAAAAUAAAUUAAAACUAUAAAUUUUCUUCAAUUCCCCCUUUAUUUUUGUGAAAUAUAUUGCAUAAUACUAUUUUCUAUGUAAUAUUAUAACAGUACCAAAGAAUGAUCUUCAAGGGUAUGUUCCUCCUUCGAAAUUCAAGACACAAAUAUUUUCUCUCGUUUUUCAUCAAUUUCUAUUCGCUCCUCAUUUAUAAUUGUCACAUUCCAGUUACAAGUUAUUCAACUUGAGUACAUAUAUAAGAUCCUAUGGAAAUGUAAAAGAUCUGAAUUUUCAUUAUAAAAAACUGUUUCUUCUUUAUGUAAAAUAUCUUCUGAGUAUGUGAAAUCAUAUCUACCUCGUAUAUAAAAUGCAGUAUUUAUUAAUUUAUCGCUUUUUUCUUUUAAUUCAUAUAAUAUAGCAACAAUUUUUUGAAUUAUUAGCUUGUUUAUGAUGGAAGGCACAUAUAAUUUUGAAUUGAAAUGGAAAGGUUAUGGACCAUUUCGAUUCAAAUUGUUUCAAUAGUUUUGAG